AUCACUGCAACAAACUGUUCUGGAAAAUGUUUCUCUAUGUAAAUAGGAGCAAAAAAAGAUCAGAUACUGCAGGAGGUGAUGUAUAAAGUAUUCAGGAUUAAAACAAGUGCAAGCAUGGGUGCACCUUCACCUCUUGACACUAACUCUAAAUCGUUUUUUUUUUUUUCCGUUUUCUGUCAUUUUUCUUUCAGAGAGUUGAUGUCGAACACCUCAGAGCCCUCAAGGGGGCAGCAGUUCUGUCCCCUGCUACUGAGCAUGAUGACCCACAGCCACAACAACACAGAAACCAAUACGAUGUUGGUUUGCUUCCAUGGUCUGGUGUCCUGUCUGGGGAUUAUGGAGAACGCCCUGAUCCUCUGGGUGGUGGGCUUUCGCCUGCAGCGCCGCACCGUGACCUCCGUCUGGGUGCUCAACUUGGCCAUGUCUGACUUCCUAACGACGCUGACGCUGCCCCUCUUCACCAUGUACCUGCAAGCCAAACACAGCUGGGACCUUGGCAAUGGACUUUGCAAAGCACAGGCUUCCAUCUUCUUUGUGAACAUGUUUGUGUCAGCCUUCCUGUUGGCAGCCAUUUCAGUGGACCGCUGCCUUCUGGUGGCCAAGCCAGUGUGGAGCCAGAACCAUCGCUCAGUGGCAGGAGCAUGGAAGGUGUGUGCAUUGGGUUGGCUGUGGGCAGCGAUCAAUACACUACCUUACUUCGUGUUCCGCGCAGUGAAUACAGCAGGUGGGAGGAAACUGUGCUAUCAUCAUUUCGCCAUGUAUCCGUCCUCUCAAGACUCUCUGAAGAGAGACUGCGAAGUGAGACAGGCAGCAACAGCCAUUUCCAAGUCGCUGCUAGCAUUCCUGUUCCCCCUGGUGGUGAUUGCCGGGAGCUACAUCCACAUUGCUGUAAGCCUGUGGAACAGAAGCAAGAGGAGGAAGCAGAGUGACACUAUCGUCCCUAAUGCCCUUAUUGAGUCAAACAAAGACGGAGAAUCAGGCACAGCAAAUACCCCUCAAACCACAAAAACCACAAACAUAUCUCUCAAGCCUCGAGCCCCCAGUCUAUCUGUAUUCAAGUCAACUCCUUCCCUUUCCCCCACCACCUGUAAUCAGCCCAGCCAAAGUCUGCUGUCCCAGAGCUUCACUAAGAUGGUGACAUUUGUGAUUGCAGCAUUUGCACUGUGUUGGGCUCCCUAUCACAUCUUCUGCAUACUCGAGGUGGCAGCCCACUACAACUUUAACCUCCUCAACAAGGUGGAGGUGGGGCUGCCCAUGGCCACAACCUUUGCAUUCUUGAAUUCAGUGCUGAACCCCAUUCUGUACGUCUUCAGCUGCCCAAACUUCAGCGUGAGAAUACGACAGAGUCUUGGAGCAGUGUUUGACGUUCUGGUAGAUGAAAGAGCGUUAAUGAUGAGUCCAAGAAGAACUGUAAUAGCACAAAUUAAGCGGAGGUGCAGUCGAGAUUUGGGGCUUGAAACACAAAAGCUAUCCUGUUCAACUCCUGUCCCAAGACAAGAAUCAAAAACUGAGGAGGAACUUGAGUGCUAAAUUUUAUUCGAUUUUUGUCUUUGUUAUAUUUGACUGAUUGAUUAAUCAUGUCAGAUAUAUGCACACAUAGGCCCACUACAAUGGAUACUCUGUUCUGUCACAUAAGAACUGUCGACACCGAAAAAAGAGUGUGGAGCAAGAAUUAGUUGCAUAGUUAGACAGACGUGAUGUUUUUGUGCUGUUGAGGUGAAAGAUGUUUAGCCAUGGCUUUAGGGGUGGUAUCAAUUCGGUACAGAUGUUUGUGGUUCUGAAUCUUACUGAUGUUGGUGACUGACUUUUCCUUCAGCACCACCAUGAGGUUGACCAUUUUGUUUUAACUUGCACAUUAGCAUGUUAGCCUGCUUAUAUUGGCAUUAGGGUCAAUGUUCAUGGUAUGCAGACGGUGAGCCUCACUGGCCUUUGUGACCCUCUGACUUGUCCUCUAGUGCCACCAUGAGGUAGACAUCAGUGCUUUAACAUGAGCUGUCUUGACAACUGCUGGAUCAGUUAGAGAGGUUAGGGCUAGCCAUGAAAUUUGGCAUAGCCAUGAGGGUGACCCCCUCGAUUAAUUGCAAUAAUUCAGUAAUGCUUUAAUUUUCCAUCAGGUCAGAAGUUCAAUUUGACUUGAUAAUUGCACAGUAGCAAGAUAACCUCUGCAAAGUCCAUAAUCCUGCCAAUAAGGCCAAAAAUCAA